ACGGUCUUUUUAGAGUAGAGUGAGUGUUUUAAAAACAAGGAAAAUUUGUAUUUCCCAGACCAUCUCCGGGGAGUUACCAUUCGCUUGAUAAGACCGUACUUGGAACAUAUAAAUACGUAAUUCAUUGAUUAACGUUUCAUUGCAUUCGACAAAUCUAAAACAGGUUGCAAAGAUGUUGGUUGCACCGUCUCUAUUAUUGUUGGUGUUCUUGGUGAGUUUCGGAACCCUGAAUGCAGCGUCCGAAUGCGGCGAAAUUCCCAUCACCGAAUGGAGUGGCACGGAGUCACGUCGUAAACAACCCCUGAAGAGUCCUAUUGACUUGGUGGUGAUACAACACACGGUAUCCAACGAUUGCUUUACAGAUGAAGAGUGUUUGCUAAGCGUAAAUUCUCUACGACAACAUCAUAUGCUUCUGGCUGGAUUCAAGGACUUGGGCUAUUCAUUCGUGGCUGGAGGCAACGGAAAAAUUUAUGAAGGAGCGGGUUGGAACCAUAUCGGUGCUCACACAUUGCACUACAAUAAUAUAUCCAUAGGGAUCGGUUUCAUUGGCGACUUUAGGGAGAAGCUGCCGACCCAGCAGGCACUGCAGGCGGUCCAAGACUUUUUAGCCUGUGGGGUUGAAAAUAACUUAUUGACUGAAGACUACCACGUCGUUGGUCACCAGCAGUUGAUAAACACGCUAAGUCCUGGAGCUGUACUGCAAUCAGAAAUCGAAAGUUGGCCCCAUUGGCUUGAUAAUGCUCGAAAAGUACUGGGUUAAUAUUUUAUUUACACAACGA